UAUCUGAAGGGUCGAGACCCGGUGCUGGCUGUUGAUCAAUGUGGGCAGCCAUAACUUAUAUAAAUUAAGUUCACUUUACUUUGUCCGACCAGAUUCUCAUCGGAUACGCAUUUCUGCCACUGGCCGCGCGGUAUUGGACCUAGUCAUUGUCAACCGUUCUCCCCAGUCUCUUUCCAUCUACAUUAAGCGCUAUGGACGUCGCAGGCCAGCGCAGCCAAGCUGGCGUCGACGAAAAGACAGCAGCACAUUCAUCUUUCAAUGACAAUGCAGCGAGUGAUUUUAGCCACCGGGAGGUGGCUGGACGAGACUCCAACGAGGAGGACAUCGAAGGCGAAGUGAAGGUGCCAAUGACCUUUCGUCGAUUCAUGGGUUUCACCGCAAUGGCGUUCCUAUGGACUGGAAGUCAGAUUCCAGUCUACUUAUUCGGGGGUAUUCCACCUUAUAUUUAUCGAGAGAUCGGUGGGGCAGAUAGAUGGGUCUGGUUUGUCCUGGCAAAUCUUCUUGCUCUCGCUGGCGUCUGUCCUUUCGUCGGAUCGCUGUCGGAUUUGAUCGGUCGUCGAUAUGUUGCCAUCAUUGGAGCCUCGCUCAUUUGCCUUGGUAUGAUCGUGAGCAGUACAGCCAACACGAUGAAUACAUUUAUUGCCGGCAUGGCAAUUGCAGGGGCAGGAGCAGGUGUCAACGAACUUACUGCGCUGGCUGCGACCUCUGAAAUGGCGCCAACGCGACAGAGGGGCAAAUAUGUGGCGGUAUUGAUCUUCACCAUCUUACCAUUCUGUCCCUCGGUGCUCUGGGCCCAGCUCAUUGCAGCACACAGCAGCUGGAGAUACGUCGGCGCAUUCUGCGGAGCGUGGAAUGGAUUUGGAUUGCUGGCCACAGCGCUCUUUUACUUCCCACCACCUCGAGUAAACUCCGAGGGAUUGAGCAAGGCAGAAGUCAUCUGUCGUAUUGACUUUGUCGGCGGAUUCCUCAGCAUUUCCGGUCUCAUCGUCUUUUUGGCUGGCUUACAAUGGGGUGGUUACAUGUACAGCUGGAAAACCGCUCAUGUCCUCGUCCCGCUCAUCCUCGGUUUCAUACUCCUCGUCCUCUUCGCAGUCUGGGAAGUCUACGGCGCGAAAUAUCCCAUCUUCCCAAGUCGCUUGAAGCAAGAACCCUGGACCUUGGGUUUGACGCUAGUCAUCACCUUCAUUUCCGGAGCGAACUUCUUCUCCGUCCUCAUGUUCUGGCCUACGCAGUCGUUCAACGUCUACGGCCACGAUCCUGUUGACGUGGGUGUUCGCAGUAUCCCCAUCGGCUUUGCCAUCCUGAUCGGUGCAUGCAUUGUGCUAUGGCUGCUGAGUGUGCUUCGUGGUCAUAACAAGGAGCUUCUGAUCCUGAGCAGCGUUCUUAUGACAGCAGGCUGCGGCGCCCUCUCCAUUGGCCGAGUCGACAACCUCUACCAAUUAUGGGGUAUUCUUGUCCUUGCAGGCCUAGGAAUCGGCGGCAUCGUCGUUCCAGCAUCCAUCAUGACAACCAUCAUCUGUCCAGAUGACCUAAUCGCCACCAUCUCCGCCCUCACCCUCUCCAUCCGCGUCGUCGGCGGCGGCAUCGGCUACACGAUCUACUACAACAUUUUCAUCUCCAAGUUCGUGCCCAACGCCGAGCACUACAUCGGCGGCGUCAUGAUGACGCAGCUCAACAUCACCAAUCCACAGUACAUCGCCGAAGCGAUCCAGCUGACGGGCGCGUCGCUCCUCGAGGAGCUCGACGCGAUCCCCGGCAUCGCCGGCAACCCCGCGGCGUACGAGGCGGUCGUGACGGCCGGUCAGAUAGCGUUCGCAGAGAGCUACAAGUGGGUGUACUAUGCCAGCAUCGGGUUCGGCGGGGUGGCGAUCCUGGCGGCGUGCUUCCUGGGGGAUGUGCGGCGGUAUAUGAACGAUCAUGUGGCGGUGGUGAUGCAUUGA